AUGGGCUGCCUCGACCGUCUGUCAGGAUCCAGUUUGAAAUCGAAUUUCCUUUUCUGGCGAAAGAAACCAUCUACAUCGUUUGAAAAUAUCACCAGCGUGCAGGCGUCCAAUGAACAAACGGACGCCCUAAAACUUCCUGCAUCAUUUGAUAACAAUCCGGUGCGUCCUGAUGAGCCGAAAUUUGAUCUUCAGCUAACUGCGAAAGAGCUCUGGGGUACUGCAUAUGAGCAACUUCGCAGUGAAAACUCAACUUCGAAGCUUGUGAGCGAAUAUGAAUCGCUCCUCGCAUCGGAAUUUGCGCAAAUAAUCUCUUCUGAUGAUGAGCCAGGGAGUAAUGGCAUUGCCUCCAAGCUGGAAAGCCUCGACGGUCCCACUCGUAAACGAUUAAUGGGACGCCUGGCCCGGAAAAGACUCAACGAAAUCGAUUCGUCGUCAUCCGAGAAGGCUCAAGAAGUGCUCAUUGAAUCUGCAAAGAUUAUGCAAAAAGUGCAAUCGACUGUUGGAGGGGCUCUGUCUGGCUGCCCUCCUGCAUCGAUUGCUUGGACUGUGUCAUGCCUGCUAGUCAUCCCGGUAAGCGUCAGUCAAAAGCCUUGGUUAGACUAUCAUACUGAUGCCACCAAGAUUACUGAGUAUCUUGAACAACUAAGUGCCAGCCAAGAUGGGCUCAAGUAUGUGGUUUCAAGAUUGCCGUGGUACACCCAGGUGGUUGACCUCAAUGCGGAUUCAUGGAGCGAUUGCGAUAACUUCAAUCAGCGCAGAGGCGUUAUUUAUGACCAACUCAUACAACUUUACCAGCUGCUGAUAGAGUAUCAAAUUCGAUGCUUUGUUGUCUCUAAGAACCUCACAUCAAGGGUUUUACGAAAUGCGACGGGGCAGGAAGACUGGGCAGGAAGAAUUAACAAGAUCCAGGAAACCGAGAAGCUAGUAAAGGAAUCUUUAGAUCGCAAUGACUCUACCGUCAUGAAACAGAGCCUUGAAGGAAUUUGGCGGAGCUCGGAAGCUCAUUAUGGCGAGAUGCUGCAAAUGUCUCGUGAGCUGCGAGAGCAAAGCCAUGCCCUCCAUGAGAUGCGGGACACGGACUGA